UUCUUUUGUGCUUCCCUCCCUCCUUCUCUCCCUCUUUUUUCUAUUCUCCGGUUCUUCGUCUCUUUCGUCGCUCUCUUGGAUCUAACCUUCCUCCUGGAUAUCCGUCAACCCCGCUACCAUUUCCCGGUUCAUCUUCCCCAAAACCACCACCAUGUUCAAGCGCUCGUUCCGAUCCCGCGAUGCGGGCAACUCUCAGAGGGAGCCUACCCAGAUAUCAACCAGUACAGAUUCGCAACAUCGGGUGGACAAGUCUGCAAGACUUAUGAAGAAAUCGAAACGGGAUCUCCAGAAGCUAUCGAACCUCAAGCAGCCGCUCGUGGGCGAGGACUCUUCGCGCACACAGCCACAGUCGACGCAAGCGAAGCCAGCCGAGAAGCCACUCGCCAUUACCCCCUCCCCCAUCAUCACCAUCACCGUGGGCGGCGAGGGGCGAUUGUUUGCUGCGCAUGAAGAUAUCCUGUGCCAGGCUCCUCUCUUCGAAAGAAUGCUUGCGCAAUCCAAGAGGAUUUUGCUCGAGGAUGAAGAGCCAGAGGUCUUCAGCGCCAUCCUCGAAUACCUCUACAAGGGCGACUACUACCCCCGUCUCCUACACAACCAGCAGCAGGACUCUUGGGAGCUCGAGGACACUCUCUCUAUCCCCGCCAAUCGGGCCGCGCCCCUUACACCCCCGACAGGCAACAACUCACCACAACUCGGAGGUGGCCACGCGGGUCAGUUCUCCAUCGAGCCGACCGUGUUCCUCUCCAGCCUGAACCAAUACUUGCUCCGCGACACGGUGGUCUACUGCGCCGCAGAGCGUUACGGGCUGGAGGAACUCAAGAGGCUGGCGCUGCGGAAGCAAGGGCUGCAGACUGGUAUCGACGUCGGCACCAUCCUUCGGAGCGCGCAGUAUUGCUACGCGCACACGCCCGACUCCGACAGUCGCCUGCGCGCCCAUUAUCUGGCACUCAUCAUCCGCUGCCGCAAGACCUUCAAGCGCAGCGGCACGAUGCAGGCCGAAAUGGAAAAGUGCGGCAGCAGCAGCGUGUAUGGACAAGGUAGUGGGAAACUCUUCUUCGACCUGUUCGUUGCCAUGUGUAACCACCUUGACGACGUCAUUGACGCGAGCAAUGCGACGCGGACGCCCAAGACUAUCUAGAAGGAUGGUCCUACGCAUGGUGUACGAUUAGGUUUUCGGGUUUACUUCACCAGUCACGUUGUUUCACCAUCUCACGAUACCCAACGAUAAUUUUUUCCCUUCAUUCAUUUUUGCCCGCAUGGCCUCUCAACUGACUGGAGUUCGGGAUCGAUAUUGAAUGACAACCUUUGAGGGAGGAUGCUUUGGUCAUUCCCUUGUGUCACAAACAGCACUGGCUUAUAACAACAGACAACAAUCGCAACUCAGACUGAUACCACAUCGGGGAGGCAUUAACUUGAUCUUUCUCCGACAUGCGUAUACGGCGCUCGCAACUCAAUCCUUCUUUUUUUUUCUUUUUGCCUAUCCCUCGGACAGAUAUUGUAUUGACAACCUCAUGGACG